AGAAGGAGGAGGAAGGGAAAGAGGCUUUCAACGGGGACAGAAGGGAAAGAGUCUCCGUUUCAAUGGAAUAAAAACUGCGCAAUUUCUUCAAGGACUGCCUGCUCUGAUCGCGGUGGACCAUUCCUCUCUAGGAAAUUGAUAUCAGUGGGGUUUUUGGAUGAUUGGGAAUCCGUGCUCAUUGCAACCCCCGAUGCCUUGGCGGUUACAGAAGCUGGCGAUUUUUUAACCAGAUGGUCUUUCAGAGGAGGAAACGAGCUGUGCAAUCAUUUAGAAAGGCGAUGUCACUGUGCAGAGAUGCCAGAUCAGUGAUGAGUCUAUCCGUCAUGCCUUGCCCAUGGGCGAACACAUCAACAUUUCCUCAGCCUGGACGGUGAUCUAUCUGCGUGUACAGUGCUCCCCGUGUCGACGUUUGCACCUAAACGCGUUAUGGAUGUUGAAUGGGGUUUCAUGUUUUUGGGAGAGGGCUUUAGGGGGCUGCGUCAUCCGUGGCUGGAAAAGAAGAUGGACUGCUUUGCAGAUUUUCCACUAUUACACAGUUUUAACAGUGAGAGUCACCUCCCCAGCAGAUUUGGGAUUGCACAUAAAAGAGAAGGAGUGAGGAUCAUGGCCAAGCAUUGUUGUGCUAUGUUUAAGGAACCACCAGCCCCUGACUGAAUUCAUAAGUGAAUGUCUGACCUACUGUAUGCAAGAACGGGCAAUUGUUAAAUUGCCAGUAAAGCCUGUCAAGAUGGACUGCACAGUCUGGGAAUGGAAAAUUCUGAUGCCAUUCCUUAGUGAUGGGGAGCUAUCUGCAUUUUGCUGCAAGCACCCACCUGCCCAGGUACAGGCAAUAUCUGGUCCACCCAGUUACAGUCAGUACACACCCAGAGUGUGCUCAGCAAUGACAGGAGGUGGGAGGUGUAAUGGUGGCCUGCUGAAAGAGACAGACUACAUUACCCAUGAUCACCAGGGUUGCGGAGCCCCAGAGAGAUGAUUGGCAGCCAAAACUAAGACAUAACACAACUGUGAAUCAAUAACUUGGUGCUACUCUUAAAGCUAAUAGGCUUUGGGGUUCUUGGUGCUAAAGACAGAGGAGUCGGGCAGUACAGAUAUUCUCAGUGUUGGAGUGAGGCCCUCUCUGUGCUGCAGUGGAGGGCUUCACAGACACAGCUAGUCUGGCUGGAUGCAUCACGCAGUAGAGCAGUUUGGCGGGCGUGGCACACGGGAUUCCUUCCCUCUGGACGGACUCAACCGGGGACCAUGGGCUCCCGUGGGCGGCCGCGCCUGGCAGCCACCUGCCAGGUGUUCGCCUGGAAUAAACCACCAGCUCCUUUCCCAUCUACCUCCUGGUCCUAUGGGCGGACUGAACCAUCCCAGUAAAUUCUUUAGUAAUGGGCCCAUGCGAGGAUGUGAAAAACUUGAGCUCCCACAGCCAAUGUUACCAGGUCUGCAGAGGGAGCAGCAAAGACCUCCUCAUCAUCAUCUUCACCCUCCACCUCCCCACAGAGCAUGGGAGCAACUAGGUCAGCUGUAUGAAUCCCACCUCCCUCCUCAAGGACAUCCUGUUGUGCCACUGCCCAAUGAGCACUCACUUCGUCCCCAUAAUGGAGGCUAUGCAGGCAGCAGCGGCCCUCCCCCAAACCCCCAUCUUCCCCACAACAGGCCAAACCAACUGCUGAAGUUUGGGGGUCCUCAGGAGCAGCAUGUUCCCCGGGGUCCGCCAUUGCUGGGAGAUGAGAUGUGGGCCCAGGUGCACCAGCAGAGGGGCUACCCAGGGAAGAUGCUAGGGGGUCAGCUGAAGAGGCCAGGCCCUCCACUGGGAGAGCACUCUGUUAUCCAGCACACUCCUCUGCCAUCCAUGCACCCGUCCUCCCGCCCAGCUGCAGAGGACUGUCCCAGCCCCAGCAAGAGAAAAAAGAGUUCGGAUCAGGUAUCUCAUCCUGGACUGCAGCGUUUCCCUGGCCCUGGCCAGUCUUUGCCAUCUCAGCACCAGUCAUCAGUCCACCACCUCCCUCCAAAAGCUGCCUUGUGGAACCCCCUUCACAAGAACACUCCUUGGCAGCCCCAGACUUCUGACCGUAAGAACCCACAAUCGCAGGAGUUCCAGCUCAGAACAGAAACCAACAAACAAGGAAUGGGUAGCUAUGCCCAAAAGUCCUCUCCUGCCUCUUCCACUCCUUCAAACUUCUCCCCUCCACCAAACUCCUCCCCGGGAAGCUACAACCAGGGAUGUGCUCCUCAGCUCCAGAAAGACGCAUUCCAACCUCAGGCUGUAAACCAGCAGUCCCCUCACUCCUCCUACCCCAGCUCCAAACCCUGCCAGACCAUGGAGCCUCGUGGUGCUCACAACCAGAGAGGCCCUCUCAUUGGGGGCCAAGGUGGCAGCCAAGCUACCUCUCACACGGCAUCUACCCCAACCAGGCUAGACAGAGAUCAACACCUACAUGCCCAAUCGUCACCAGCAAACCCUCCUGCAACCAGCAACAGCAGCAGCAGCAGCAGUGUGCCUUACAGCCACUUCCAGCCUCAUCCAGGGCUGGGGCACAAGGGUCCACCUCCUCCUCCUCCUCCUGGCGGCAGCACCUCAGUACCUCAGCAUCUGCAAAGUAGGCCCCAUGAGGCUUGGAGAUACCAGAGCAGGCCAAGCAGUCACUCCCUAGAGUCUGGUAUCUACAGGCCUCCAGGACUGCUACCUCAGAGCCACAAUCAGGUCGUGGAUACCCGGGUUCCAGUUCCUUCCCAGCAUCACCAUCAUGUCAGCCCUCCUCUGCCCCAAACCAAUUCCACUCGAACACCUGUCAUCACAGCCAAUCAUCCCAUAUCCCAGGCCUCUUGUGCCAUAGGUGGCUAUAGUAACAGCAGGAGCUCUACUGGUGUCACCAUGACUGGUGUCUCCACAGUGACCACAUCACCCCCUGCUGGUUGCCCUGUGAACAAUGGCAGCAGUAAUAACAGUUGGCAGAGAGGAAGAGAGACAGUAACCCAAACCUCCACCCGUGGCGUCACUAGCCCCAUCUCUCAGCUGGAUGCUCUGCUGCAGCCAGGAUGUCAGAGAGGCCAAACUACCACUGCCAACCAGCUUCACCAACAGGAGCUGCCCAGACCACAACAUGGACCCACCAAGUCCCGGCCCACGAAGGGGAAGACGUCAUACUAUGCUCAGGCAGAGCAACCUCCUGCAUUGUCCUCAUCAUCUUCGUUGUUCUCCUCAGGGCACCAGAGGGCAGGGGACAGUGUGAUUACAAGCAGAGUUUCAAAUCCUCUUCCUAGCUCUCCUACUACAUACCGCUCAGCUCCACGCUCUACUGGCAAUACUGCACCUCAGCCAUCCAAUCCAUCCAUUCCAGCCCUCUCAUCCAGACUGGGUCAUCAUUUAGAAUUUGCCGUGACACGGGCGUACUCUGAGCCCCAGAUUUGUCCACCAGCUCAGACCUCUGUUCCUCAGUCCAUCGAAGAGGCUCUAGACAAGCUUGAUGCAGAGCUAGAGGGUCACAUGCAAGCUGAGGAAAGGAGGAAGAGGGACAGAGAAGUGGAGCAAGAGAGAAAAAUGAGAGAAGAACAAAGGCAAAAGAAAGAAUGGGAGAUGAGACAAAAGCGGGAUGAAGAGAAGAAGAGGAAGGAGCUGGAGAAGGAGGAGGAGAGGAAGAAGAGAGAACUGGACAAACAGGAAGAGGAGCGGAGAAGGAGAGAAUGGGAGAGACAGGAGCAGGAGAGAAAGAGGAGGCAAGAAGAGGCGAGGAGGAGAGAAGCAGAGAGGCAGGAGGAGGAGAGGCAAAGGAGAGAACUGGAGAGACAGGAGGAGGAGAGGAGAAGGAGGGAAUUGGAGAGGCAGGAAGAGGAGAGGAAAAAGAGAGAAUGGGAGAAGAAGGAGCGGGAAAGGAAGAGGAGAGAGUGGGAGAGGCAAGAAGAGGAGAGGAAGAAGAGAGAAGCAGAGAGGCAGGAGCAGGAGAGAAAGAAGAGAGAACUGGAGAGGCAGGAGGAAGAAAAGAAAAAACAAAGAGAGUGGGAGAGGAAAGAGGAGGAGAAAAAAAGAAUGGAGCAAAAGAGGGAGGAGGAACUGUGCAGUGCAAAAGGCAAAGAGCAGACUGCUAUUGAAAAUCUGGAGAGACUACUCUCCUGCAACAGUUCCCCAACACGGCGACCUCCUCGGCUCUCUUCUGUUACUGCACCUCCUUCAGAUCCAUCACCCCCCAGCUCCCAGGCUUCACUUCCUUACCCCUGGCUAAGCCGUGGUGGCGUGCCCCCCUGUCUACCAGGCCAGACAGCUACCACCACUACUCCUGUAGAAAGACUGCGGCCGCCCCCCCUUACACCUCGGCCGCCCCCACUUACACCUCAGACGGAGUAUGCCAGAGAAAAGCAGAGACAGAGGGAGAUGUGGAGCAACAAUGGCGGAACGACAUUCAGUCCCUCAUCAACACACAAUACCUCAGGGAUGAACCAGUCGGUAUACCCCAACAAGCCCCCGACAAUGCAAGCCGCACCCAACCAAUCCAAAGACUCAGCCACGGUGAGAGACAGCAGCCAACACACUCUCCCUACCUUGGCACUUAGAGAACCCCCCAAACUGUAUCAGGCUUUUCCCAGAGAAAACAUCACACCACCACGCUUAUCCUCUAGCUCCAUUGGGGAAAUGCUCCACAAGCAGGUGCCCAGUAGUAGUUUGGAAAAUGCCAGCAGCUGUGGCACUGACUCUGCCCAGUUUGAGGAAGAGCCCUCUGAGUUGUCCACAUUGCUUCCCGAUGGUCUGGCUAACAUUAUGGCCAUGCUCGAUGAAUCCAUCAAAAAGGAAGAGGAGAUGUAUAACAGUGAAAAGACUGGGUCCACAGGUCUUCUUGACAACUUUACUCCUAGUGUCCAGCCUAUCAAGAGCUACCUUUGUGCCCCAGACCUCAUUCCAGCAAUGAAGCAUCAGCCCAACCAGGAAGACUUUGGAUCCAAUCCUCAUGCUAGCCCUCCUGUGCUCAGUCGCCAAGGCUCUCUGGCUUCCCCUUGCAGCCGAACAUCUUCUCUCAAUGAGGAGGAUGAGGACUACCUUAAACCUUCCCCAAACCCUAAACGGUCAAUGGACAUGGGAGUGGGGAACACCAAUUACCGCCACAGUGACCUGGCUAAACUUUACGGCCUCCCAGAGCAAACUAAAAGUGAGGCUGAUGAGGAUGAGGACGAGGAGGACCCGGAGACACCCUCUUGUUCUCCACCACCCCAAAGACCCCACCUCCACCAAACGGGUGUAAACAACAUGUUCAAGUCCCUAGCAACAGUUCUAGGGAGCCAGAAGUAUGCUUACCGUGGUGGGCCUUUUGGGAGACCCCCUCCAUCAGCUCUGCUUGGGGUCAAAUAUUCCUCUUCACUGUCACUGGGCCCUGAUAUAUGCCGCCAGCAGCAAAGCAGUUCUCCCACGUCAGAUUCAACUCAUCCACCAUUCAGUCCAACUGUCCCACCUCUUAAGUCCUCCCCUCCUCCUCUGCUAGAAGACAAGAAAUUGAAAAUAGAGGGCGCUGAUGUCUGGAGAGAUGAUGGAGAGACAACCGAGGACCGAUUAAACUCUACCAAAAAGGAAAGUAUUUCUACCAUAAAUCCUAUUAAGGUGGUCAAGGAGGAGCGGUUGUUGACGACCAUCUCUGAGUCCUCUCUGGCAGAGUUGGGCAAAAGCUGCGAGGUCAUGCUUAGUCGACAGUCACUUCCUAACAAGAAUUCCAUCGAUAAACCUGAUGGCCACGUCAAAGUGGAGGACAGACACAAACCUGAGAAAGUAAAGGGACACAGAGAGAAAGACAGACACAGGGAUAGAGAUAAAGAGAGGGAGAAAUAUAAGAAGAGGAAGGAAAGUCACAGCCACAGGAGCACCAGGAACCAUGAAGAUAGGAAAGAAAAGAAGAAGCAUCGAGAAAAGAGAGAGGAGAUGGUCUUCUCCUCUUCUUCAUCAUCAUCAUCUUCCUCCACUCAUUCCAGCUCCAGCCACAAGCGGCACAAGGAUGGCAAGAGCGAUAAAGAGAAGAAGGAUCGCAGAAUUCUUGGUGACCUCAACCUCCAGAGCAAAGAGGGGUCUGAGAAUAAUCGGGGUCAUUAUGACACCGAUAAAACAAAAUGCAACGACCCAUCCGGUGCCAGCCCCACCAGUGAAGGAGAGCAUUCAGAAUGGACCUCGAGAAGUUCUAGCGAGAGAUCUUCUGAGGAGAAAAAAGACUCUGAAUCUGGUUCUUCAUUGGGUUCAACGGACUUCUUGAAACUGAAGGCGCUGUCAGAUGGGCCACCCAAAGAGCUAAAGAUUCGCCUGAUCAAAGUAGAGAGCGGGGACAGGGAGACAUUCAUAGCGUCUGAGGUGGAGGAAAAGAGGAUCCCAUUGGAGGAAAUCAACAUUAAGAACACUGCCAGUGAAAUCAUCAGGUCCUGCAAGGGGGCCAGAGUGAAAGGGAAGUUCAAAGAAUCUUUCUUGCUCCCAGCCUUCUCUGUCAAGCCCAUCAUGACCUCGGGCGAACCCAUUCCCAGAGAGAAACUCAACCCUCCUACACCCAGCAUCUAUUUGGAGAGUAAGAGGGAUGCGUUCUCCCCUGUGUUGCUGCAGUUCUGUACAGACCCCAAAAAUCCUGUUACUGUCAUCAGAGGCCUGGCUGGAUCUCUACGACUCAACCUGGGGCUGUUUUCUACAAAGUCACUGGUUGAGGCCAAUGCAGAGCAGGCGGUAGAGGUGAGGACUCAGGUGCAGCAGCCUGCUGAUGAGAACUGGGACCCCAGUGGGACGGGCCAGACGUGGCCCUGCGAGAGCAGCCGCUCCCACACCACCAUUGCCAAGUAUGCUCAGUACCAGGCCUCCAGCUUCCAAGAGAGUCUGCAGGAGGAGAAAGGCAGCGAUGACGAGGAUGAUGAAGAUGAGAAGAAGCCUUCUUACAGUUCUGAUACUCCAAGCAAGGACAGCUCUAAAGAAAGUAGCAGUGCUGAGCAGAAACAAGUGGGGAAGAUAAUUAAGUUUGGCACCAACAUUGACCUCUCAGAUCCCAAGAGGUGGAAGCCUCAGCUUCAGGAGUUGCAGAAGCUACCAGCCUUUAUGCGUGUAGCAUCUAGUGGAAACAUGCUGAGCCACGUCGGACACACCAUCCUAGGCAUGAACACCGUCCAGCUCUACAUGAAGGUUCCAGGGAGCCGAACACCAGGUCACCAAGAGAACAAUAACUUUUGCUCGGUGAACAUCAACAUCGGCCCUGGAGACUGUGAGUGGUUCUCUGUCCAUGAGAACUAUUGGCAGGCCAUUAGCGACUUCUGUGAAAAGCACGGAGUGGACUAUCUGACAGGGUCCUGGUGGCCGGUUUUGGAGGACCUCUACAAAGCCAACAUCCCAGUGUACCGCUUCAUCCAGCGGCCUGGAGACUUGGUGUGGAUCAACGCUGGAACUGUUCACUGGGUUCAGGCCGUAGGCUGGUGCAACAACAUCGCCUGGAAUGUUGGACCUCUCAAUGCUUACCAGUACCAGCUGGCCCUGGAGAGGUUUGAGUGGAAUGAAGUGAAGAAGGUCAAAUCCAUUGUCCCCAUGAUCCAUGUGUCCUGGAACGUGGCCCGCACUGUCAAGAUCACCGACCCAGACACUUUCAAGAUGGUCAAACACUGCUUGCUGCAGUCCAUGAAGCACAUCCAGGUCCUGCGGGACCAACUGGUGGCUGACGGCAAGAAGCUUUCCUAUCAAAGUCGGGUCAAGGACGAGCCUGCCUACUACUGCAACGAGUGUGAUGUGGAGGUGUUCAAUUUGUUGUUUGUGACAAGUGAGAGCAACAGCAGGAAAACCUAUGUGGUUCACUGUGAGGACUGCGCCCGUCAGCGUAGCCCCAACCUGACCAACGUAGUGGUGCUGGAGCAGUACCGCAUAGAGGAGCUCAUGAACACAUAUGACUCCUUCAACCUGGCCUCGUCCUCCUCCCGGUGACAGAGCUCCCCCCCUGCGUCUCCUCAGCCAUAACCAAAACUCCUGCAAGCCAGGACAAAAGACACAGUUACACUUUGGUUUUCAACUUACCCUUUCAUUAUUUAAGAUCAUUGAAGAUCAUUUUUGCUACUACUACUGCAAAUACUUGCCGAACAGCCAGUUGAAUAAGUUUACUCAUCAUUACUGUUUACAAAAAGAAAUACCAAGCCGCCAAUAAAAUACCAGUUUACUCUCAGAUGGUGCUUUCAACCAGACACCCUGGCAACAUUGAAGUUGAGAACCAGGGGGCAGUUGGUGCUGCCAUUGAACAAACUGCAGAGGGUAGUUGAUGGUGUCUCUCUGUUGUUGUCUUGAAUACUGAAAUUUGUACAUGCUGUUUGCAAUUUUUGUGGGGUGCUGUCUUUUUAAAAAAUAAUUUAUUGUUUUUUUCUAAACUAGAUCAGCCUAGAUAUAUACCACAUUGGCCUUGUAUUUAGAAAUAAGAGAAAAUGAAAAAUACUAAUAAUAGAGAUAUGAACAUUUUUCUAAAGCAUUAAGAAUAAAAAAAAAAAUACAAAACAUACGGGUUUUAACAACUUUGGUUGUUUUGGGAGGGGUUUCAUUUUGUCUUUUAGAUUCUUGUAUGUGUUGUAAAUCUUGUGUUUGUAUUAAUUAUACUUUUAUUUCCUCUGGAGAUUAGUAUCCAGUUGUCACUCAUCAUCAGGUCCUUUUGUUCAUUUCUUCCAUCUCUGUAUGGGCUCUAAAAAGAAAAUCAUUGCCAUCUGGUGUUUGUGUGUUGUACCUCUGAUUGUUUUGUUUCAAUAUGCAAACUUGGUAUUUUCUGGAUUUAUUUUGGCAUUGUACAUUUAAUUUAAAAUGUUUCCUCUAUUUAUUGGAUAUCAAUGUUCUCCCUUUUUUAAUAGGGUUGUACAAGUUUGCGACUUUUUUUCCUCUGUAUUUUUUAUAGAGACCGAUUGCUCUGUAAGAACUGAACUGUGGGGGUUGUGUGUUCACGGGAGUGGAGGCUGCUGUUUCUCUGGUGCUUGCCUCUCAUGACUCUUGCCUUUUUCUCCUGAUAUAUAUUAAAUGAUAUCUUUAUCUUGAAUAUAACACCACCUUUCCUGUAGACAAUAGGCACACUGCUCACGUAGAGAAGAUGACUAAUGGAAUGCUCAUUAAGGAGAAGAAAAAACUUUCUGAGAAAUGUUAAAUUUUUUUAUUAUGUAGGGGGCUUUUAGAUGAGAUUUUAUUGAUUUUAUUAUAUAUUAUCUGUUGAAUAUGAUAACGGGAUAGAUGGUGCUAAAUGUUCUCUUUGAACAACUUUUUUUUCUCUUUUCUUCUUAAAAUGAGAAUUCUAUUUUUCCUGUUGCAAUAUUACCAUAACCUUUUCCUUCACUUUGUGGUCAUUUAUUUAUAACUGCACUGUUUAGAGAAAUCACAGACAUACUUGCAGACACACACAACCAAACUGAGCCAGACAUGUCUUAAACACUUGUGAAUUUGUGUGACAUUACUAUGACUAUUAAUAAACGCUUUUUGAUAAAUCCAGAA